UCAAACAUGGCAAAUGAAAGCAUAGAAAAAGCUCUCCAGACAAUAUGUGAAGGAAACCAAAAGUUUACCUUCAGUAUUUACAAGAUUCUCUCAGAAGUCAAAGGUAACCUGUUUUUCUCCCCAACAAGCAUGCAGGUAAUUUUAGCUCUUGUACAUCUUGGUGCAAAGGGUAACACUGCUCAGGAGAUUGCAGAUGGCUUAUGUCUUCCAUCUGAUAAGGAGACUAUUGAGAAUGGAUUUAGAGAAUUAACAAAUCGUUUGCAGGGGUCUGAUGACAUAGUGCUUGAAGUAGCCAACAAGGUUUAUGCACAAGCAAGUUUUCCAAUUAAAGAAGAGUUCAGAGCAUCUGCUGCAAAAUUUUUUGCUGAAGCUGAAGAAGUUGAUUUUAUCAAUGAAACAGAGAAAUCUAGAAUAAAAAUCAAUGAGUGGGUAGAGAACAAGACAAACAAAAAGAUAACAGAGUUGUUCCCUGGAGAACAAGACCCAGAGCUGCAGUUGAAGAAAUUUCAUACUGCUGUGGACUUGGCAGGAGUCAAGUUCAAGUGGGAUGCCUGCCAAAUCACUCAUACUGGUCACUUUGAACCUUUAAAAAUUGUAAGUUAA